AUGACUCUGUCAAUAAGCCAUUUGACCCCACCAUCUACCCUGAUAGCAAAGAGUCACUGUGCGAAGAUGGGUCUCAAUCACCCUGGUCUCGCACUUUUGCUGUGUCCUGUUAGACACCUCAAGGAUUAUCAGAAUUUGCCAUCAAGGACUAAAGCCAAACUCAAAUCUGGCGAUAUCAACAUGGAUGCUUGCGCAUGGCCUUCGCUUCUGUACAAGGGUGAAGUGGCUGGUGAACACUUCGAUCUGAACAACAGGCAGGAUGGUCUUUUUGAAGGUUACCUUGUGAUGAAACAUAUACUUACUGGACCUUCAUCUGCACUCACCGGUGAUAAUUUUCACAUCUCGAACACUUGUAAUGCCUCGAUCCAUGGUAUGAUGUCUGUUGAAGCAGAACAUAUUGCCUAUGCAGCUGUACAGGUGAGUUGA